AUGCGUGUUGUCGUUCAAUUCUUUGUGAUCCCGGACACGUACUAUGGGGUCGCUGGAUACUCAUUCCUACUUGGUCUCCCUUGGCUCUUUGAUUUGAGGGGUAUGUUCGACGUUUACCACAACACAUGGUAUCUCAGACCGCCUGGGUAUGACGAAGUCAUUCUUGAGGGAAAGCAAUGGAAACCGCUACCACCCAUCCGUCUGGUAAAAUGCGCGACCAGGAGCGAGAAUGACGAAACCACUGAGUACGACAGCGGUGAUGAGGAAUCCUCUGAGUCCAGUGAUGAUGUAGUCUCAUCAAGGAGAUGUAUGGUCGUUAAUGCAACUCCGGAUGGCAAAGCAGAGAUCAUGGGUUAA